AGUCAUAUAUUAACAAAGCGAAGUGGGUGUAUUAGAAAUGAAGGUUAUUUCUUUAUUGUAUUUAUUUGCUGCAAUUUUGUGGGUACGUUGUGAUGAUAAAGGUGACAGUGAAAUAAUUUCAGAGGAAUAUGUAUUAGAACUAAAAGAAGAGAAUUUUGACAGCGUGAUCGAAAGUAAUGACAUCGUCUUCGUGGAGUUUUAUGCUGAACAAUGCGGCGUAUGUCAAGCGCUUGCACCGGAAUACGCGAAAGCGGCAACAAUUUUAGCCGAAGCAGGAUCUUCGGUCAAACUCGCGAAGGUCGACGCCAUUGUAGAAACUGCCCUUGCUGGCAAAUACAAAGUGGAUGGUUAUCCAACAAUGCUUUUAUUCCGAAAAGGAACUACUCCCGUAUCUUACGAACGAGGACGAUCUGCCAAUGAUAUUGUUGGGUGGCUCAACAAGAAGUCAGCACCGCCAGCAAAGCAACUCCAGAACAUGGAAGAAGCCAGAACAUCAAUUGACAGCAACGAUAUAUUUGCAAUAGGUUUUUUUGCCGAUCAAUCUACAGACGAUGCCAAAAUGUUCUUCAGAGUUGCUGAUAAAAUUGACGACUUUACCAUGGGGAUUACUUCAGAUCGGGACACUUUCAAAGAACACGCAGCGAAAAAUGGCGACAUUGUAAUCUUUGCAAAAUACUCCGACAGUCCAAUCCGAUAUGAAGGUGAAUUCAAUGAGGAUUCCCUAGAGAACUUCUUCUCGACGCACUCGCUACCUCCGCUAGUAGAAAUGACAAACGAAACAUUAGUGCCCAUUUUUCGGGGCGUUAUCAAGACCUCUUUAUUUAUAUUUUUGAGCAAAUCGGACGACAAUGCGCAAGUAAUUGAAGAAGAAGUCCGGUAUGUUGCCACACUUUACCACACAAAACUUAGAUUUGUUUUGCUUAACACUGAUAACCAAAUCAACCAGCAAAUUCAAACAUAUCUGAGGGUAGGUCGGCGCCAAGAGCCUUUCAUGCGAAUUAUAAAUUUAAGCGGGAUGGUUAAAUUUAAACCGGAGCAUGACCAACUUACAGUUGCCAAUAUUAAGAAGUUCGUUGAAGAUUUCCUCGAUGGCAAAAUAGGAAAGUAUCUCGCAAGUGAAGAUAUUCCCGAGGAUUGGAAUAAAGGACCGGUUUAUCAUUUGGUAGGGGAUACCUUUCAGGAUGUCGCUUUCGAUUUCGAGAAGGACGUUUUAGUUGAAUUUUACGCACCGUGGUGCGGGGUUUGUAAGAAUUUGGCCCCGACUUACAUAGAAGUUGGCGAACAUUUUACGAGUAACAGUGACGUUAUUAUCGCGAAGCUUGAUGUGACGGUUAAUGAGAUACCAACUCGUCAGAUAUCUGGUGUUCCUACGAUUAUUUUGUAUAAGAAAGGUCAAAAUGAAGAGAUUGAGUACGGAGGGCCGCACAGUUUUGAGGGUAUUGUGAAAUUUGUUGAGAGUGGCGGACAAGAAGGACGUAAGGGCGAGGAAAGAACUGAGGAUGAAAACGGAGACGGAGGUUCUAGUUCUAAAAAGGAUGAACUAUAAUAAGUCACGACUGUGUAGAUAUUGCAUAAAAAAAGCAGAACUGUAAAUAAAGUUCCGAAAAUGUCAAA